AUGAACACCAUUACAAACCCCACAACCCUCUUCCACCCCCAAAUCACCACCUCCCACCGCCACCUCCGCCACCCACUCCCACCUAUAAAAGCCACAUUCUCUGGUGAAGAAACCCAAACCCACCACCGGAGAUUCAUCAUAACCACCUCCAUUUCACUACUUGCAUUAAACAACCUUAAUGUCCAGUGGCUCGAAUCCGGCAGACGAGGGAGGGACUGCACAGCAUUAGGAACAUGUUGGAGACUAUGUCGUGGAGUACCAGAACCCAGAAAAAGUUCCUACGUUAAAGCUGCUAAUGAGCUGGUCAAUAACAUGUCUGAGUUUGAUACUUAUAUUCGGUCACCAAAGGUGUACGAAUCUUACUUAUACUACGAGAAGACAUUGAAGUCGAUUGACAAUCUUGUUGCUAUUCUCGCAUAGUGAAUUGCACGCGUUUGGUUUUGUUUAUAUGAUGUAAAAGGGAAC